CGCGGAGGAUGAGUCUUUGGUUGGGGAAAAGUGGAAACAAAUGUAUCUACUGCACGCGCUCUGUCAUGCAGGGAACUGAAUAGGAUAUCUUUCCUGUCUACAGUGGGGAUCUGAUUUCUGCAUGUGCGCGCACCUUGUUGCAUUAGACAUCACAUACUACACGAGCCGACCUUGCCGGACUCUCUUCCGUGAAGUACAAUAUAAGUCAUGGCGUCUGGACCAUUAAAGAUUUGUGUCUGUGGGGGUGACAACAACACUCAUCUCGUCGCAGCGUUCUCCGCAUCCAACCCGGAAGCUGAGACGCGCAUUCUGGUCCUUAACGAAGAAGAGGCCACUAAAUGGGAAAAUACACUGGACAAGAAAGGGGGUAUGGUUCUAACCAUCAACGAGGAGUCUGGUACUAAGAGAGAUGUUAAGGCAAAACCUAGGCUGGUGACAAGCAAUCCAAAGGAAGCCAUCAAUGCUAGCGACCUUAUCAUCCUUACAACGUCAGCUCUGGACCACGAGAAAUAUCUCCAAGCAAUUGAACCGUUUGUAAACAGGAACGCCGUCAUUAUUGGUUUACCGGGAAGGCCCGGAUUUGAAUAUCUGUGUUAUAAAAUUUUAGGGAGCAAAGCGGAUCUUUGCACGUUUCUGUCUUUCGAAGAACCGUCUUGGACAUCCAAGCUCAUAGAAUUUGGUUAUCAAGUAGAAGCCCUGAGUGCCAUGAAGGUUUUGGUCGGUUCAAUUGUUCGUGGGCGAGGAAUUUGCAGACGACCGCCCCUGAUGUGUCUUCAAAUGAUACAUGGAAGUCAACCGUUGUUUCGACCUUCUAGGCAUUUUUUAGAGGUCACACUAUCGCCAAACACGUUCCUUCGCCCAGUUAUUAUCUAUGGGCAAUGGGACAAAUGGGACGGAAAACCCGUAUCAGAGGCACCACUAUUUUACCAUGGAAUUAGCCAAGAAACAACCGAAAUUCUAAACGUCUGCAGCCAAGAAUGCCUGGAUAUAGCACAGGCAUUAACGACAUCCGAACAAGUCCGAGUUGAUGUGACGGGCGUGCAGGAUUUGUACCAGUGGUGCAUGGAACGAUUCAAGGGGGACUAUAGUAGCAAUGCCGAUUUGCACAGUAUCCUCACUACCAUAAAGCAAUUCGCCGAUUUGCGGCACGUGAUGAAAGAAGCAGAUGGCGGUCUGGUACCGGAUUUCGACUGUCUUAUCGAGGAUUUAGAAGCGGGAUUAGUGGUCAUCAAAGGUAUUGCACUGAUAGCCGAAGUACAAACUCCUAAAACAGAUGAACUUAUUACGUGGUGUCAAGAGAAAGUCGGCAAACAGUAUUUAGUGAACGGAGAAUUAACUGGAAGUGACGUUGCAGCUUCCAGAUGCCCCCAGAGGUUCGGUCUAUCAACGCUAGAAGCAGUCGUAAAUGGAAAGCUACUAGAUCAAGAACUUUAGCAAAUUACGUUUAAAAGAAUCUUCAUUCCAUUAACACUGUCCAUUACCUUAAAUAUGAAAUGCUAAUAUAAUUUUUCACCCGCCCUCA